UAUAUUUUUUGCUCAGUGCUUCUGUUCCUGUGUGCACUGACGUGACAGGAUCGAGGAUCAAUAAAGUGUUUCUGAUUCUGAAAGCGGCAGUAACACAUACUGUAACUUCCCAAACCCUCAGUAGUUGACAAAUUUAAAAUUAAUGGAUGAAUCUUUUCAGGUUUUUCUCAUAUUAUUAUUAUUUUAUCAAUGUAACCUGGCACUUCAAAAGUUGGGGGAAAGCUGAAGUUGUUAAAAACACCCAACUGCCAGGUGGAGCUUAAUCUUUUGAAAAGUAGCUGAAGUGACAGUCACAGCCCUGUACUGCAGACUUCAGGAAAGAACGAACAAUGGAAAAAGGAUGUUGGUCAGCAUGUAAAGUCUCAGAGGAAUAAGUAUUCUUUUGAUGCCGUCUCUCUUCUUUGUUUGCAGUCAAAUAUCAGAUUACUCUUUAUUAAUUGCACGCAGUAAUCACCUGGAACUGAUGCAUGUUUCUCAUUAAGAUUUCAGCCUUCUUGCAUCCUGUUUUUUGUUAAGUAUUUUAUUUUUUUAGAAACUAAGUUGGCAGACAUCACACCAGCUUUUGCGUGUAUGUGUGUGUGUUAUGUGGGGGGCUUCCCUUUUCAGUCUGAUAGGAUCAGUUUGGCGUUUUUCACCCUUCCUGCCCGAGAAUAAAAACAUUUGCAAUGACCGCAGAAUGCAACUCACACACACGUUUGCUCUUCUACAGUAUAAUUGCGAGGACUCUCAUUGACAUAGUAAAGAACGCUCCCUAGACCCUAACCUACUUCUAAUCUUAACCCUAAAUCCAAGUCUAAACCCUCAAACAAACCCUUGAAGAUGUGAGGACUGUACAAAAAGGUUGUCACUGUCCAAAAACCUCCAUUCGCUCAACGUGUAAAACUAAAAGUCCUUGCAAAGAUAGAAGCAAAAGAACACACACACACACAGUUCCCAACUCUUUCAAAUGUGUGUGUGUGUGUGUGUGUGUGUGUGUGUGUGUGUGUGUGUGUGUGUGUGUGUGUGUGUGUGUGUUAGCGGGGUUAGGGGUGUGGGCGUCCAGUGGGGGGAAACGGGAGCUUUUGUUACCGUGGGAACAGACGCUUGACGUAACGGAAGAUUCUUAUCUCAGUCAGCCAAUCAGCUUCUUCCCAGGGGAGUCAGCGCGACCCAGUACUUUACUACAGUAUCCCUCUCUUUCUCUCAUGUAAUGCACCAGACAGGUCACAGGUUUGAUUCCCACAACAGCAAAGUACUGAACCCUUCACUGUUCACUCAGUGUGGGUUCUCCUGGAUAAGAAGCUUAAUCAGCAAAGUUAAGUAAACUCCAGAAGAUUCUUCAGAGGUUAAAAAUGUCCUUCAGAAACACCAGGUGCCCCACAAAACGCAAGUCAAAACAACCACGAGACCGAGACAAGUCCGAGUCAAAACAACCACGAGACAAGUCCGAGUCAAAACAACCACAAGAUAAGUCUGAGUCAAAACAACCACGAGACCGAGACAAGACCGAGUCAAAACAACCACGAGACCGAGACAAGACCGAGUCAAAAGAACCACGAGACAAGUCUGAGUCAAAACAACCACGAGACCGAGACAAGUCCGAGUCAAAACAACCACGAGACAAGACCGAGUCAAAACAACCACGAGAUAAGACCGAGUCAAAACAACCACGAGAUAAGUCUGAGUCAAAACAACCACGAGAGACAAGGCCGAGUCAAAAGAACCACGAGACAAGUCAAAAACAACCACGAGAUAAGACCGAGUCAAAACAACCACGAGACAGAGACAAGACUGAGUCAAAACAACCACGAGAUAAGUCUGAGUCAAAACAACCACGAGACCGAGACAAGACCGAGUCAAAAGAACCACGAGACAAGUCCGAGUCAAAACAACCACGAGACCGAGACAAGUCCGAGUCAAAACAACCACGAGACAAGACCGAGUCAAAACAACCACGAGACAGAGACAAGACUGAGUCAAAACAACCACGAGAUAAGUCUGAGUCAAAACAACCACGAGACCGAGACAAGACCGAGUCAAAACAACCACGAGACAAGACCGAGUCAAAACAACCACGAGACCGAGACAAGUCCGAGUCAAAACAACCACGAGACAAGACCGAGUCAAAACAACCACGAGACAGAGACAAGACUGAGUCAAAACAACCACGAGAUAAGUCUGAGUCAAAACAACCACGAGACCGAGACAAGACCGAGUCAAAACAACCACGAGACCGAGACAAGACCGAGUCAAAACAACCACGAGACCGAGACCAGACCGAGUCAAAACAACCACGAGACCGAGACCAGUCCGAGUCAAAACAACCACGAGACAAGUCCGAGUCAAAACAACCACGAGACAAGUCCAAGUCAAAACAACCACGAGACAAGACCGAGUCAAAACAACCACGAGACAAGACCGAGUCAAAACAACCACGAGACAGAGACAAGACCGAGUCAAAACAACACGAGACCGAGACAAGACCGAGUCAAAACAACCACGAGACCGAGACAAGACCGAGUCAAAACAACCACGAGACCAGUCCGACCUACACUGUUCACUCAGUGUAGGUCUACCUGAAUAAUAGCUUAAUCAGCAAAGUUAAGGAAACUCCAGAAGAUUCUUCAGAGGUUAAAAAUGUCCUUCAGAAACACCAGGUGCCCCACAAAAGCGGUUUUACAGCUUCAGUUUUGAAGGAUUAGAGGUAUUUUAGGCAGUUUGACACGUUGUUCAGGAGGGUCCAGGCGUCCUUAAGGAUGUGGCACGCAUCAUUUAAGUUUGGGGGGGGGGGGGGUUUAAGAUGUGGCUCAGGUAAUUCAAAAGGUCUUUCAAUGGAUUUUCCCUGUCUUUGGAAGCAUCAGAGGGCCAGGGGUUUGUAGUGAUCCUUUAAGAUUGGCAGUUCUUAAGGGCCUUAAGGAGGUUUUAAGUAUCAUACAAAAAGGUUGUAGCUCUCCAUAAGGAGGUUUCAGAUGUUGUUCAAGGGGGUUUCAUAUGUGCUUCAGACAUUUUAAAGAAUGUUUAAGUGAUUUCUACAGACUUUGAGUCCUCAGUGGCGUUUCAGUGAUCCUUAGAUAGAUUGAAGCAGUCCGUGAGAGGAGUCCUGGCUUCCUUCAGGAAAUUCUAGAGGUCUUUCAGGAGGUUAAACAACCCUCCAGGGGGCUCUAACAGCUCUUGGAUUUCUUCAGGUAGUUUCACUGAUUCCAGAGGUCUGAACUCUUAGGAGGUCAAGAAGCCCUACAGGAGAGGAUGGUUUAAAAGGAAGUCUCACUGAUCCUUAUGAGGGGUCCAGAAGUCCUCCAAGUUCCCUUUGGACAAUUCUUUAUGUGGUUCCGUCAGACGUUCAGGGGGUUUAAGAUGCCCAUCAGGAGUUCUGAGGGGGUUUUACUGAUCCUUAUGAGAGAUUCAGAUGUAGCAGGGGACCUUCUGGAAAAUGUAGGCGUACUUCAGGAGCUCCCAUGAGGCAAUUCUCCUCAGGAGGUUCGAAGGUCUCUACAAAUAUCCCCAAACAAGGCCCAUCCUGAUCGGCAGUUCAAUAAUCUUUAAGACGGUUCCAGAAAUCUUUAAGGGGGUUUCAGGGCUCCCUGAAUGGGAGCUAAAAGAUUAAGUGACUGAAAUAGCAAAAUGUAAUUUAAACCAUGAAAGGUGAACUGAAGAAGGAUUUGGACUGCGCUGCUGUCAAUCAACACAGUUGAUAAUUAUGGGUCGGUUUCUCUACAGGGAUCAAUACAGCUUCACCGAUCAGAUCUCAUCAGGUCUAACAGGGACACUGGUUUAAUCUGGAUUGGCUGAUUAUCGCUGACUUUGUUUGGUCUGUCAGCGUGACUCAUCUGUUGACGAAGAAGAUAAAACAAGCUCACUGCCUGCAGUGUAAUUAUGAUUAGUGCAGAGCAGCCAUGUUGGCUCACAGCCCCACCCCCAAAUUUAAUUUAAUUUAAUGUGAAUGUAAUAAGGAAGCAAUUUUAUGAUUAGAGACCAUUAGACAUUAUCUAAUUUAUAAAUUUAAUCCACUCGUCUAAAGCCACAACCAAGGAAAGAGUUUGUUGCAGAUACAUAAAGCUGUCUAGUUCAAACAUUGGGAGGAAACAUGGAAAAGUAUAGCAUCUAAUGCCUCUUUUGAAUCUCGGAUUGCAAGGACUAACAAUUUGCUAAAAUGUUUUUAAUCAAACGUAACUGCUGCAUGGAUCAUGUUCAUUGUUUUUGCACCUCAGAGCCAGGUGGUUUGAUAGGUUUAGUCUAUGAAAACAUUUUGACUAGGGUUAGGGAAAGAUGGUUAAAUCCCUUUCCCCCCUUUUAUUCCUUGUUUAAGAAAAGAAAAUGUGUGAUUUUGUGCUGUAUGAAUAAAAUUGACUAAAUAAUGAAAGCACGAGGCACAAAUUAAAUACUGAAAAACCACGAAGACCACCAUCUUUCCCCAACCUUAACCAAGUGUUUUGAGUUACCAAACAUAACCAUAAAAGUAGAAAGAAAGUAAAAUACGUUGUUCAUUUUGUGAAUUUGCAGAUAAGUUAAUAAUUAACUUCCCUCAUUAUGUUGAUAGAAAAUGUAACCCAGGCAUCAUUACAUUUCACUAAAAAUGUAUUUGCUGUGGCAGAUUAGUAGAAUAUAAAUGAGAUUUGUAAGAGACAGGGUUAAUUAAAAAUUAUCAAGAUAUUUCUGAGGGUGGUCUCAUUUUUUAAUUAAUAGAAAAUGCAUCUGUAUCGAUGGCCUUUAUUUGUAGGAAAACCUGAAUUAAAUAGAAAACUUUCUAACAUUGCAGUAAUACCAAACACAGGCAGAUUUUACAGCAUGUCUGCUCCUAUAAUUAUCUGUUAGGAAAGAAAAUUCCUCUUUUCAGGAUGUCUGUAAUUUAGAGUUUUACUUUUUAUUUUGCCUCAGGUGUCCGACGUCCAACAGCCCGGACUGACGAGGGCGAGACAUAGUUUAGCUGUGAAGUCACCCAGGUGGAAAAUAGAAAACAUUUCAGGUCAAUGUUAGGUCCCUGUGUGGUAGUGAAGACAGAAGAAAAUACAGAACAUAUUGCUGUAAAUAUGAGGGGAUAAGAGAAACAAAACUGUAAAAUGUGUGAGGAGGCGGAACAAUGGAAGAGGACGGCGAAUGUAAUGAUUUGGGGCUUUUUGUUAUGGCAGGUGAGAGCUUUAAUCCAGCUGGAUGUGGACCCAGUCUGGAUCAGUGUGGAUACAGGAUACUGAGGCCCAAACGCCGUUGCCUCCCUCCUCCUCCCCUCCACCCGUCUGGGAGGUGGAGGUGAGCGGAGUCAGGUAGCAGCUUGUGAAUGAGAGGGUUUGUGGAAAAAGACUUGAGCAGCCGUUGACACAAAGAGGGCAUUUAGAGAGCGAGAGGCCACAUCUGCAGGGAAACUGAAAUACCAACCAAUUAACCACAACACCUUAUCCUCACUGUGUGUGUGGACGCUAUCAUCAGGAUUCACUGCGCCAUGCUGAACUUAACAUAUAGAGUUAUAUGUUACUUUAUUUGUGGUCUACCUGUUUCAGUUUCACGGUCCAGUUUUUUUGUUUAGUUUAAAAAAAUUAAAAAAAAACUCCUACAGAGCUGGAUUUCUUCAUCUUUUCAGACCCAUUUUAUCUUUGUUGCAUUUUGAGAUCUUGUAUAAUAUAAAAAUCCUAAAAUAAAAGGGAUCACCCCUUUCACAUUGUAAACACGUUUUUAGAUAAAUUGAUGAAUCCUUUACUUACAGAAAAUAGUACAUAAAUGUCUGUCCCAGUGAAUAAGUAGUGGGAUGUGAGUUAUCAUGCUAAUGGUCGCUCCUCUCUUCUGUCGUCUGGAUUUUAGCAGCUGGACAGUCAAAGGAAACCGUUUAGGGAGAUUUUGAGGAAAUAAAACUCACAGCAAAAGAGAGGUGAACAAAUAUCACAAACAUCCACAGUGGAAAUGACAUCCUUGGCUGUCUCGCAGGAUUCAUUUCAGCUGUGUUUCCAGUCGUCUGUCUCUCUCAGCCGCUGUACAUGUGACCAUAUUUUUAGCGGUGCAGGAAGUACUCAGGUCCGUUACUGCAGUAAAAGUCCUGACACACUCUGUGGAAACACUCUGCUGCAGUGAAAGUGU